ACUCAGUAAUUACCUAGUUUUAUAUAUAUAUAUAUAUAUAUUUAAAAAUUAUAUAAUCCGACUAUUCAAAGUAGCAAUACUCUCAGAAAUUCAGUUUAGGGUAGCAGCAGGGAGAGUAUAGUGAGACGGCGUAGAACGUGCCGCUCGACCAAAAGACAACGAACGCUGGUUUAGUCGCCGCGUGAAUUUCCCCCAAGAAGGUCGUGUUUCUGGAUUAAGGGUGAAAAAUCGAAGUGUCGCAAAUAUAUUAUUCGUCUACGUAAAGACACGAUCCAUCGUGAUCUAUCAUCCUCAUUGGAUGGAUGAUUCAGCGGUGAGAGGAAAUCCAUUGCCAAGCCAAGAGUUGCUCGUGAAUAAAAACCUUCUUGAACUAGACUUAGACUACUUGGAGAGACGAGGAGGCGAGACUAUCGGUAGCGAAAACGCUGAUAGUGGCUCCAAGGAGGAAGAAAGUCCUGCGGACAGUCUUGAUCGUGUGAAGGUUGUCUUUCUCGGAGCACCAGGAGUCGGCAAAUCUAGCAUCAUCCAGCAAUUUGUCUGGAACGAAUUUUCCGAAGAGUAUACACCCACGGAGAGGAGGGAGACGUUCUACCCAAGUGUCGUCCUUGCAGAUCGUCUCUACGAAUUGAAAAUUACGGAUUUACCUACCAUUCCAUAUUUUCCUGUAAGCUCUCACCUCGAAUGGACCGACUUCCGGUAUUAUGGGCUCAGGAGUGCUACGGCUUACGUUCUCGUCUUUGAUCUCAGCAAUCACGACACGUUUCAGUACAUACGAACGCUGCGAGAUCAAAUUUUCGAGGCCAGAGACAUGAGAGGUGUUCCAUUACUCGUGGUUGGCAAUAAACAGGACAAACUAUCCUCGACCGCAGCCUCGGGUACUCGUUAUGGGGAUAUUGUCAACCUGGUGCGCAAACACUGGAGAUGCGGUUAUGUAGAGUGCAGCGCAAGAUUUAAUUGCCGUGUGGUACAGGUAUUCAGGGAACUGAUGAAAAACAUUCAGGCAGUGGAGGGACGACCACCAUCGCCAUCACCAACAACAUCUCAACCUCUACGUUCACAUUCCAACAAUUCUAGCGAAAAGUGCAUUCUGCUUUGACAGUAGGACAAUGAUAAGAGUAACCUGGCAUAAUUGU